AUGCAAAACAUCGAGUUCGGAUCGACUCGCAAGCCCCCCAAAGCGCCCACUCAGUCUAAACAGCCGGCUCCAAGCUCCGCUCCGCAAGCAUCGCGCCAAGACAUCAAGAAGCUGGAAUCUGCAUACGGCAUUGGAUUCAAGCUGCUCUCGAAGCAAGGCUACAAAGUCGGCCAGGGACUGGGCAUGAACAGCGAGGGCAUCGCUAAGCCCAUCGACGUCAAGGUUCUGCCCAAGGGCGCUGGUCUGGGCCGAGUGGACUUCCAGACAGAGACAAUGAAGGCUGAGAAACGCUCGAAACAGCAGUCGGACGAGGCCCAGGACGACGACUCAGCCAAAGCCACAAGAGACGAUAAAGACGCAGUAUCGCGGUCGCAUGAUGGGUGGAAGCGAGGCUCCCGUCGGGCCAAAGCGCAGUACAAAACCGCCCACGAGAUCCUCCUAGAGCAAGACGGCAGUCCAGGCGACAACGCUCCCAGCCGACCGGCCGCCGCCCCCGCCGUUACCAAGAUCAUCGAUAUGCGUGGGCCCGAAGCUCGUGUGAUCGUGGACGCAUCUCAGAUCAAAUCGACGAGUGUGCCUUCGGUUGCGGCCACCGAGCGGAUACCCGAGCUGCGGUACAACAUGCGGCUACUAGUGGACCUGUCCCAAGACCAGCUCAUGCAGCUCAGCAAGCAACUGAAGCUUGUGAAAGACGCCCGUGAUCAGCUGCAAACCAAGGAAGCCCGGCUCAAAUCUGUAGUUGCUGCCGAAGGCAGCAAGAUCAAGAGGCUGGAGGAAGUCUCGAAACUAGCGCAGGACUGCCAGGCUCUUUCGCGGCAGGCGCUUGUCCUCGUGCGCGAGGGCUCUGACGCAGACCCGCUCAAGCUUUUCAGCCCGAUAUUCGAGACAUUAUCAAGCCAAUACUACGAGGAGUACAAAGCCUACAAUCUCGACGAAUUGGUCGUUGCGUCGAUCUCGCCGAUCAUACAAGCCAUGACCAGGAUGUGGAGUCCGCUCGAAUCGCCCUCGACCUUCGUACAUCAUUUCAAGCAGUGGAAGCAACUGCUCCACACGACUUCGUCGUCAACACCGCCACAGUCACAACCAAAGUCGAGGCAUCUGGAGGCCGAUGAGAUCGAUCACUUUGGGGCAGCAACCAGGUUCAUUCAAGAUAGCGCAGACAGCGGCAACGCCAAAAUGACGCCAUACGAGAGCCUCCUUUACCACAUCUGGCUGCCAAAGAUCCGCUCGGCAAUCAACAACUCGUGGGAUGUGUACGAGCCCGAGCCUUUGGUCCAGCUCCUAAGCGCGUGGUGCACUGGGCAUUACGAUCAAUCGGCCUCCGAGUCCGACAAUGGUGCGAGUGCAACUACGAUCCCCCGCUGGCUCAUGGACAACAUUGUCGACCAACUCUUGAUGCCCAAGCUCUCGUCGGCCAUUGAUGACUGGAGCCCCACGAAACCAUCGAUGCAUUGGUGGAUCCAUCCGUGGCUGCCCCUGCUCGGAGAUCAGCUUCAGCCGCUUCUCACGCCGAUUCGCCGGAGACUGGAAAAGAGCUUUGGAAUUAACUCCAACGGCUGGCAUCCGUCCGAUCCUCAAGGGAUUGCCAACAUCAAGCCCUGGAGGGGUGUUCUUCCGGAUGCCGAGAUCGACAGUAUGCUGGUCCGGGCGGUGCUGCCCAAACUGAUUCACACACUCCGCAACGAGCUGUUGGUGACGCCGUCUGAGCACCAGAACAUGGAGCCGUUUGCGUGGGUUGUUGCAUGGCAUGGCACCAUUCCGGAUGCUCUGAUGGCCCGCGCAUUUGAGACCGAGUUCUUUCCCAAAUGGCUUGAGGCACUGUAUCGUUGGCUCGGCCAUAGCACCUGCGAUCUCGAGCAAGUACAGCAGUGGUAUUUUGCCUGGAAAGGAUCGUUCCCGUCGACGCUGCUGCGACACUCGGGCAUCGAGGAUUCAUUCAAGCUCGCUCUGGAGCUGAUCAGUGACCAACUCGAUGGCAGCCUGUCGUGGAAGGCGGUCGAUGCGCACUUGCAGCGGGUCCUCGGCGAAGAGCCCCAGCCUAUUCCGCCAGUCGACACAGCCGCUGCCCGGCGGCAACGCAGCGCACCGGACAUCUCCUUCAAAGAGUACGCCGAGAAGCGUGCAGCCGAAAACGACUUGGUUUUCCUGCCCCUCCACCGCAAGCACGAAAGCGGCAAGGCUCUCUUUUCGCUUGGACCAGAGUCAGCCCCACGGCGGCUCAUUUUGUUCAUUGAUGACGGUGUUGUGUUCGUGCACGAGGGUGGUGAUUUGACCAGCCACAGCCGUUGGAUACCAACCAGUAUUGAUAACGCCAUUGAUAUGGCCAGCAGGCAGCGCUGA